GCUGGAUAACGUCACGUUUCUUUCACUGCAUUUUUAACUGUUGCUCGUGGCAUGCGGUCGAAAAUUUUAGAAAGUUGUGGGAGCUUAGACAAGAUCUAAUUCGUUUAAUAAUCCUCUGAAUUGGAAAAUUUUCUAUCUUUCGAAGGUUCAAUAUGUUGAUGCCAAAAGCUCAUCGGAUUGCAAUAUAUGAAUACCUUUUUAAGGAAGGUGUUCUUGUUGCAAAAAAAGAUUUCAAUGCUCCUAAACAUCCUGAAUUGGAAAAUGUACCAAAUUUACAUGUAAUUAAAGCACUACAAAGUUUAAAGUCUAAAGGUUUAGUUAAAGAACAAUUUGCUUGGAGACACUAUUAUUGGUAUUUAACAAAUGAAGGCAUUCAAUAUCUCCGUACUGUGUUGAAUUUGCCACCAGAAAUUGUUCCCUCAACUUUGAAGAGACAAGUUCGUUCUGAAACUACCCGGCAAAGACCUAGAGCUCCAGAUGCUGCACCAAAAACAGCUAGUGACAGAGAAGGAUAUCGAUGGGCUCCUGGUGGUCCUGACAAGAGAGGAGAUGUUGGCCUUGGAGGCGCUGAACCAAAAUUCGAAUUUAAAGGAGGAUUUGGCCGUGGACGACAGCCGCCUCAGUGACAGACUUUAAAAUAAAUGUUUCUUUAAAA